AUGGAUCCCCCAGACAGAAUCGAAUUCUUUAGAUUAACGGUUAACUAUCUGGAACAGGGGAACUUAGUUCAAGCGAAAGAAUUAUUACGAAAGAAUCACCAGUAUUUUCAAGACUUGUCGCCUUGUGAGUUGUCAAAACCCACUUUACAGGAGAUAGAGAUAGUAAACAAGGCAGAGAAAAUAUCGAUAGAGAAUGUGGCGUGGAGUCUUCGAACUGGAGUAAUUUUGUUGCCCCAGACGUCUGCUGAGAACAACUUCUUUGUCCGCUUCGUCAAUGUAGUUGGUGCCGUUGCUUUAAUCACGAUUUGUGUUGAUAUAGCUGAGAAAGUAUUUGAGCGGUUAAAAGAGUACAUUGAGAAUGCUGAAGACGAAGAAUCAGUUAUUAGCCUUGGAGUUGCCCUUAACAACUUAGGUUGCGUGUAUAUUUGCAAAGGAAGUUUUCAAAACGCAAAAGUUAGUCUUCAAAGAGCUCUUGCGAUAUUUGAGGUAAUCAAAACAGGAAAAGAGUGUGUCACUGUCAAGGAGAAAAUUGUAACAAUAACAAAUAACUUACGACUGGUGCAUCAGGCUCAGAGGAGCCAUGUGGCUGACAUGCAAUUACAAAACGAUCUCCUUUCUAAUGUAAGCCGCUUUGCCAUACAACCAAGAAUCACUGCAGUUGUUGAUUACAAUAGAGCCCUAGCCACUUUGGAUAACAGAAAUCUUAGAAAAGCUUUGGACGAACUUGAGACUUUAAAAGCAUUUUGCGAAACAAAAUUACACCAGAACAAGGGACUGUUAACCUGCAUUUUGCUAAAAAUCCGUUUAGUUUGUUUGAUGCUUCAAAUCUCUAGUGGGACCACGACAUUUAUUGAUACUAAGAUUUCGACCUUGCAAGGGCUAAAGGAACUUGUUGAUAUUGGUGCAAACUUAUCGUUAGACUUCUCAAUCACAAUUGUGGAGACGAUGGCCGACAUUCACCUUUAUCAAGGUAAUCUUGACCUUGUCUGUAGCUAUUUCUCCUAUCUUGUACCGGUUGUUCGUGAAAGAUGUGGUGCAGAUCACACAACAGUUGCUUCCAUUCUGUCAAAACAAGGACUUAUUUUCCUCCACUUGGAAAACUUCGCACGUUCUAGGCAAUGCUUUACCGAUGCAUUAGAGAUUUUCAACGAAGCUUUUGGUGCUAUUCACCCCGAUGUUCUCAAAUGCAAUGCAGGUCUUGCGAGGCUAGAAUGGCUCGAUGGAUGUGAGGAAAAAUCUUUAACGCACAGUCAGACAGUUCUGGAAAAUGUGGAAAGGAUUUGCCAAGUCUCAUUUGAGUGUCAUUUGAAGCCAAAAUUCAUUGAAUUGUUUUCACAAAGUGGAAGAACACCAUCUUCUCAUGUCGAUUAUGAAGAACGACUAAAACUUGAAACUCUGGUUUCUGAGUUUGGUAUGGAAAUAACAAGGGUUCUCAACCAGCAUCAACCGACUGAUCUCGGGGAUUGUCCACGAACACUGUCAGAAAGUGAUAAUGUUGUGGUUUCUUUCAUCUCCAAGGAAUCAUGUGCAAAGCUGAGCUUUAACUGGUUCAAAUUUGGUCUUUGUUUGUUUAACCUUGGAGUGAAUCAAAGUGUCGCCUUUCUCUUUCUCUCGUGUUCAUAUGCAAGAAUAUUUUACGAUCAUUUUGAUUGCUCUGAAGUCAUUUUACUGAAAGUGAUUUCUGUUGUCUGUCAUCUUAAAUCUAAGACGUGUCAAACCUUUCCGAAAGUUCUAGAGAGAUUAAAGAAUGAAUUCGAACGGCUGAAGAACUUCAUUGAGGACAAAGCGAAGAGAUUUGAUAAACCGGAAAGCAAAGUUAUAUUUUUUGACGAAAAUACAAACUUGAUGAUUGCUCUGACAGUAAUCCUUCAGUCGUUUGUAGAAUUGGAAAUGUAUGAGAUGAUAAGUGAUGUGCAUAGUUUAUUUUCCUUCUUGUCAAACCAACAGUCGCCGCAGGUAACUCACGUAGUUCUCGUUGAAGAGCUUCGGUUUGCGUUUUGUAGUUCAAACAUACAACGUCUUGGCAAACAAGUUAUGCAUCACCUGAUCUUUUCGACGCCUCUUGGGAUGAACAAUCGAAAAAUCAUGGACGAAAACGAUGCAGAUGCUCCCUGCAAAUCGCAAAGUAAGGAGAUUACAAAAUCUUCACAUAAAAAUGACAACUUUGGAGAAAGGAAAUCGAGGCAAAUUUUCAAAACUUUGGCACUCAAAACUGAUAAUGCUCAGUGGAAAGGAUCUUGCAGAUUUCUUGUGGAGUGUCCAAUAUCUCGUGGAGUUGACAUUUCAGCACUAAAUAAAAUAAAUGUGUGGAGUGUGAAUGCAGUAGAAGAAAGUCUGCCUCACUUGAUCUUAUGCAGCCCUCAGAACAUAGAAAUGGUGAUACAAUAUUUCAUAGAAUUGGAACUCCUAGCCUCUGCAGAAAGCACUCUUUCUUCGAUUUCUGGUGAUUUUUCCCUUUUGCCACUCGCGCUAUCGGCAGCUAAGGAUCGUUCAGAAUCUGAAACGCAAUCUCCGGUUCUCGUCAACAGAGAGGCCACUUGUGAAGGAAGCCUAGCAUUUAUCUUCCAAGACAAAGUAAUUGCGAAUUUUCUAUUCGGCAAGCUUUUAAAACAAAUUUUAACCAAUGAAGACGAGCUUGGUGAGGUUGUGAACGUGGCAGUCAAAGACAGCCAGCUCGUGUUGAAAAUCCAAGGUCCACCCAUAGUGCAAAUAGUAAUUCAGUGCCAUGAAGACACCAUCAGAGUGGAAACCCACUUGAUUCACUAUUUUCAAAGCCGUAGAAAAGCUAAGAUUGUCCGAGAAGAAGUUCCACCGUGCAGUUGCUCUUUGAUUGAGAUGGUCAUCGCUGACAAAAUGGAAAAAUGUGCUCGCAGUUUUGGCAUUCAUUUCGAAACAAAAAGUGAUAAUGCCUGGUGUGUUGCGUCACAUCUGUCAGGAAACGCAAGGGAUAUUUCAAUGAGAGUAAGUGUUUUAAAUGUUGUAUUCAUCACUGUAGGCAUGAAACUUGUUUUUCAACCAUGAUGAUGAAUCCUUGUUAUGCUACGAUUCAUCUACUAAAUGUAAAAUCCAGCUUACCAAUAUAACAAAAUCAAAAAUAUGACUAAGUCAGAGGGAGAAUGUUUCUUACCUCUUUUUCAGCUAACUUCAGGGAUUUAUGCAUUACAUUGAAGAAAUCUAAAAUUUGGUUGUCUUUCAAAUUAAAGUACAGCUUCUUUUUGCCUUAAACCCCGUAGCAGGAUCAGAAGUUAACUUUUUGCUAUUGUUAUAGUUUUCGAUUCGUUCUUUUCCUAGGAGCACCAGCCGCUAGAAAUGCAGCUUAAAGCCGAACGUCAAGGCCGUAUUUCUCCUCUCCCAACCUUGCUUUCCAGACAGUCCCUCCUGUCGGAAUCAUCGACUCAAACAGAUUCCUUGAGUAUUCCCUCAACAUGUGAUCUUAGUACUCAAACAGAGCUCAGUGACUCUGAUGAGUCUGAAAAUCUGGCGGAGCCCAUAUCAUCAUCCAGUGAAGUAAGUACAUCAUCAUCAUUACCUCAAACGUCAUCGUCAUCAUCAUCUCCAUCUUCAUCAUCAUCGUCUUCCGGUGAAGAAGGUACAGAUAAGGUCUCCAGAAGGUCAAGGUCAGAGCCGGAAGAGAGAGGUAAAUUAUCAGCGAAUUCCGUCCAUCUAUGUGGUUUAGAAUUUGAGAAACGAGAAAAAGAAGUGCCAAAACGUGCAAAUUCGGAGGAAGAAAGAUCUAGCAUGGCUUAUCUCAGUGUUUCAGAGUUCAACGAUAGUAGCAACAGUGCAGAGGAAGGACAGACAAAUCAACCACCAAUCGUUCCGCCAUCAACCUUGAGGAUUCAAACUGAAGGCAAAUUACGUGAGAGUACAGAAAACCUUGAGAAGUGUAUUCAAACCGAUGAUUUGCUAGGGCGUUCUAUGGAUGAUGAAGUUGAUGGUGCAGUAAAAAAUGCUUCGUGCGGUAGUUCUGCAAUCCAAAACUGUCAUCCUUGUUAUUCCUCAACUGGAUCUGCUGAACUAUCUUUUCAAGGGGAAGGUGGUCUAUCCGACAACCUUCCACGAAUUACUGACCAGGCGGAGCGUCAUGGUGGUGCCGCUGCCUCAACCAGCUGGUGCAAUGAUGUCACGGAUGAAAACCGAAGAAAUAGAGAACAUAAAGUCGAUUCUAAGUCGCUGCAGAUUUCUCAAGGGAGCAAAAACAAGAGUAAAGAGCAUCUAUCAGGAAGAGGUCACAAAAUAACGCCUAGGAAAUUUCUAGGCUUAAAGGGUGGUGGACAAGAUCCAUUUUUCUCAAACAGGAGCCUAGGUUACGAGAAUCUCGUAUCGGUUAUUAACUGGAAUGACAAGGACGCAAGGCCUGAUAGGGUUAGACCACGAGAUGAUAUGCGAAACACUGUCGAUAAAAAAGAAUCAAAUUUCAUUGGUAUAAGGCCUUGCUUUCUUGCUCGCCACACAGAUGACAGUAGCAUUACCACACAUAUCGAUGAAAUGGGGAAUACAGCGGAAAACGCCAAUAGAGAGUCUUCCAACACCUUCUCAAGGCAUCAAGGGUCAUCUCGUUUCACUACUGAGCAAGGCUAUCAAGCCACUUACUCCCUUCAAGCACCAUCGUUUCAUUAUAAAAGUUCAAAGGUAUCUGCUCACGCACAAGGUCCAAACCCUUUCGGCUCCUUCGAUCCCAACCCUGCAGUUGGGGAUCUACCAGCGCAUGCUCGUCCUCUACUUUCUCUUCCCUGCAACGGAUCGGAGCAUCUCCAAACCCUUUCCUGCAAUGACAUGCGAAUGGUAGUGAUACCUCCGCAUGAUUUGAUCGAUGGUGACUCGCCGUUGGCCCAAUCACCCCUUUUACCACAGCAGAGAAAAGUCAAGGAUCAACGUACUGAUCCUGAAGUACAACGGGAGAGAAACUCUGAUUUUAAGGUGAUGAAUGGAAAUGCUGCAUGUUUAUCUAAUACUACUUUAAUUGCACAAGGUCUGAUCUCCGCUCUCCCACAGGCAGCCAUAAACAGAAGUCUAACAUGGGAAACAAGAACACUUGCAGAUCAGGACACUGCGAACCAAGGGCCACUGGGUGUCUUGAAUGAAACUUCGUCUCUCUCAAAUGAUGAUUCCUUAGUUGACCUAGAGCGACGAGUAGCCGAAGCUUGUUCCUUUGUCGAAAAAACCUUGAAAAAAAGGGAAGUAAAAGAAAAGGCAAUGAAGGAAGAAGAACAAAGAAGAAAAGAAGAGCGGGCCAGGAAAGAACAACAAGCACAUGAGAGAAGAGAAAGGGAGGCAAAUGAAACACGACGAACGGAACACAGGAAUGACAGAGAAGAAGUCAGCAACCCGAUGAGUGGUGGAGGAGGAACGCCUACGCAAACCUCCGCUGGUACCGAGGGUCGACAAUGGCUCUGUGAACAUUAUAAGCGACUCUGUCGUGUCAAGUUCCCAUGCUGCGGAAAGUUCUUUCCUUGUCAUCGUUGUCAUAACAAUUCUGGGUGUUCAAAUGAUAAUUCCAAAGCAAGAGAGGCGUGUUAUGUUGAGUGCUCGGUUUGUAGCCAUCAACAAGAGGUAUUUAGACAUAUAAUUUAAUCAAAAUUUCAUAAAUCUGGAAAUGAAGAAGUUAUAUUUAGACUAUAUGGGAUUUGCUCUUAAUACUUUUUUUGUUUUUAAGAUCAACCAGAACGCCCAAACCUGUGCCAGAUGUAAAACAAAGUUCUCGGCAUAUUUCUGUUCUAUGUGUAAACACUUCACGGGCACAGACAAAAAUCCAUAUCACUGCACAAAAUGUGGUAUCUGUCGGUAGGUGAAACGAUAUCCAUGGCGAAAUUGUUCGUUUUUCGUUUGUUGGAUGAUAUUCUUGUUUUACAAAAGAUUAAGGGAGUAAUUGGCCUGCUUCAAUAUCAAGUGUUACCGUAUGAAUGGAAAGAAAACUGUAGCGCUAGCCUAAGCGCGAGAGCAACGCUUAAUAAGAGAGAGACAAGCCCCGAUCGAUACGCAUAUGACUUAACACCGCCGGUGUUUUCUUCUCCGACUUUGCGAAAUCGUAUUCAAAAUAAUUAUCAAAUAUCAGUAUUUGCUUCCUCCUAGGCAUCAGGAUUUCAUUCUGUAGAUCGAAUCGAGUAGAAAUAUAGGGUUUUCACUUUGCGUAAAAAACUUAUUUUCUUUACGAGUCAUGUUAAGUUUUGCUCGAGUAUUUACCUGCGAAGUGAUGUUCCUGUUUUCGUUUCAGCAUCUUCAAAGACCGCUCCUUCCACUGCGAUGUGUGUAACGUCUGUCUGGACAAACGGCUGGAAGGCAGACAUUCUUGUCGAGAAAAUUCAGGACAUGAUGAGUGCUGCAUCUGUUUGGAGGUAGUGACUUACUUUUCGCAUUAACACGGUGUUGCUUCAAAACUUCCAGAGAAGGGGAUUUCUCUGUCUUGUUCGUUACAAAUCGUUUCUUGUUAUGAAAUAGGCUGUUGUUCAUAGUGGUAGUUGGAUGAUAUCAUAAGUUUGUUCUGUUGUCUCACGACAAGGUCACUUGAUGUAGAACGCAACGUUUCGACUGCUUACUGCAAGUCUUCUUCAGUAAGCAGUCGAAAUGUUGCGUUCUACAUCAAGUGACCUUGUCGUGAGACAACAGAACAAACUUAUAACAUCAAAUCGUUUCUUGUUUGUCGUGUCUACCUGUUAAAUGAUUGUCAGUGUUUGCGGAUUUCGUCAUCAGUUCUACUGCAUUAUUAAUAUUUUGUGUUCUCAUAGCGUUGUGAAACAUUAUGUUAUUUGUUGUGUUCUAUCUACAAAUUUAGUUUUGUUUGUCAAUGUUUAUGCUCGGUUAAUAUAAAGCAACUACACGGUUUUCACUGCCGUUAUGUCUGGAUUCCAUUGGAUAAUGUCUCUUCGUAUCAUUUAUACAUUGGAACUUUUUCAAGAGUAUGGAUUUCAAAAAACUGUCUAAAGACAUCCGUGACACUAGUUGCACACAAAAUCGGCCCUGCAAGAGGAAAUAUUGGCCAACAGCUUUUUCCCAUCUGCUUUAAUUAUAGCCUUGUUAUCGACAAUGAAAGUGAAAUCUAGAAAAUGUAAUGUUUGGGAAACAAAUCCAGCAAGAUACUAAGAGAGCACUUGAGAUUUUCUAGCAAGGUUCUGAGUACAAAAGAAAGCGUUUAAUAGAAUUAUUCGAAAACGAAAUGAUUGUAAAAGUUAAACUGAUGGAUAAUACCUGUAAAUACUUUUACUUGAUGGACGUUUGGAACUUUUUUUUUCAGGACGCAUUCAGCGGUUGUCAAAUUCUGCCUUGCUCACACAAGGUUCAUAGAGAGUGUGCCAUUGCAAUGAUACAGAAUGGCGUGUAAGUAUGCUCACAAAGUCGUGAUUUUUUAUAAAUUAACUUACAUAACGAAGAACGCGUUGGUGGUCCCCUCCAUUUGACGGUAUCUGGUUAAAAUUCUGAAUCAGAUUUGUAUGUGGAGUUGUAGCGGAGUGUGUGGGGGUUAGUUGCCUGACUCUGUUCAUCUCUCGACUUCUGGCUGCGUGAACUAAGGGGUGGAAAUAAAUUAUUGUGUCCUGCGUCUUCUUUCUUUUGAAGGAACUUGUCUUUGUUACAAUUGAAACUCUCAUUGGUUUGUGAUAUUAACUUCUAAUUGGCUGUUGUGAUUAGCUGGGUUUUGGUCUAACGACACUCGAGAAAAAUGUUCUCUUUGCGUGCAGCUUUGGAAUAGUUCUGAAUCCACAGCAAUGCUGGGUCGAUUGUGAGCUUUGCAGUCUCUUUUAGUUUUACCCGUGAUUUUACGGUGAUCUUGACUUGAAUAUUCUCGCGUUUAAUUAAAAAAAGGUUUAAGUUGCAUUACUUGAAAUGUUUCCUUUAAAUUUGCAGUCGCAGCUGCCCAAUUUGUCGCCAUCCUCUAUACAGUCAGACAAAUGGCAAUGAGUGAAUGACAACGUCCAUCCCAAGCCCUUCUCUUAUCGCCUCGUUGAUAAAAUAGAGAGGACCUUGUGAAUGGAGUUGGAAGGAUGAUUUUUUUAAUUUCCUUUUGAUAAUUGUUAAGUGCUCAGAUUUUGUAGACUUUUAGCAUAAAUUUUCCAACAGCUUUAGCACCUAGAUUCAAUGGAGUUGUCUGAUCGUCCUGAUAAGAAGGCUCUACCUACUCAGGACUUCUCACGCCCAGAGCCGGGUUGUUCAAGGCUGGGUUUAGAUAACCCAGGGUUAGAGUGAAAUCUGGUUUCAGGUCUAAAGCUGUAAGAGAAAAUUCAGUCUAAUUCUCUUUGUCCAAAAUAUGAUUAUCGGAUGCUCCAAAAGGAAAAGAGAUAAUUAUUCCAAAAAGGCAUUUAAACAAAGAAAUACGGAAACCCGGAUAUAGAUUUAGUCCUGGGUUAGCGCUAAUCGACCUUCGAACAACUAGGCCUAGAUGAUAAGACUACACAAUCAUAUCUUGCUCUGAGUUUAAAUCAUUUACCUUAUUACCUUUUUUCUUUACAUAAGUGUGAAAUUUCAAAUUCGAACAAAUGUAGUAGGUUGAAGUUUGUUAGGUACAGGUGAUAUGUGGGUCUCCAUAAUCAAGCUAUCAAAACGUUAUCGCAAGUUGUCAAAUAUUGAGUUUUUUUUACUAACAACCCAGAAUUUAGAGUGGCAAAAUUAAAGAACUCGUCGAUGCUGAUCUUCUUGUCUAGAACGCCUGGCUUAAGAUUUCCUUAGGCGUAUGUAUCCAGGAUAUUGAGUUGCUUUGGCAACGAACGAUACUCUGGCAAAAAAAAGCAAACAAACACGAAAAAACGGAACUAAUAUCAUCGAUUAUUCUAAACGUAUUGCUGCACAACACAGCAUGUAUUCUAAAAUGAUUCGAUUUAUCUCAGCGGUUCUUUUCUCGCAAAUUUUGGCAACUUCGCGGGUCAUAUUCUAAGAUCUUAAUCUAAGGAAUAGCACAGCGGUUAUUCGCUCAAAACCCAGCUCGUUCUGUUUAGUUUUUUUACAUUUUAUAUUUUGAAUUUCAAAGCCAUUGAUAUUUGAUAAACAGCUUUUUAGGACCAAUGAUUACCGUAACUUUCAAUAAACAGGCUCCUGGACAACCAAAAGACUAAACUUGUAAAAUGGAACGUAAAAUUUUGCAUUUACUUUCACAUAACAGCGUCCAUUGGUUGUUACUAAAUUACACUCCGCUUGAACGGCGAGCACAACUUAUUAAGAUGCUAACUCAUAUCUCCUUAUCCCUGUUGGGCAAAACUAUCUCACUAGUUUCGUUUUCCGAGAAUCACGGGGUAUCUAUGGAUCAAUAUCUUACCUAUAAUGUACAUAUCACUAAAUCAGCUUCUAAUUGCAUGAACAGUUAGUACAGAUAAGUAGAAUUAAACGCCUCUUACACAUGAAAAUACUUUCAUUACUUAUAAAUAGCUUUGUGUUUAGUAAACCAUUUUAUUGUUCCUCAGUUUGGAAACAUCCAAACAUAAUCUACACAAACUGCAGUUGUUACACAACUUUGCUGCCAGAGUUGUAUUAGGUGUAAGGAAGUUCGACCAUAUCUCUCAGGGACAGAGAUCUCUUACAUGGUUGGAUGUUACGGAGAAGGUUUUAUUUAACGGCUUACUUUUAGCAUUCAAAUGUGUAAAUGGCUUAGCUGCAGAUUAUUUAGGCAGAUAUUUUGUUAAACGUUCAGCAUUUCACAACAAGAACACGAGGGGAUGUAACAGUUUUGUAGUCCCCCGAUGUAGAUUGUCCAUAGGACAAAGGACAUUUUACUUUUGGUGUCCAAGGGAAUGGAAUAGGCUAGCCGACAAUAGUAAGAACACUAAAAAAAUUAAUAGUUUUAAGCAGAUACUUUUCAAUAAUAUGUUUCAUGACAAAUAAUUUUGGAUAUAUUUUGAAUAAUUUUGAAUAUAUUUUGAUUUUAAUUAAGUUCCUGUAAAUAAGUUUUCUUAAUUACCAGUUUUAUGUAGUAGUUAAUUACCAUUAUUAUGUAACAGUUGACAUCGAGACUGAAAAGCCCUGUUGAAGGGAGUCUCAAUGAAGUAUGUAUGUAUAUAUGAAACACUACGUAAAUACGUCGCCUAUUGUGGGUUGGGUGCUGAAGCCAAUCAUUAUAUACAGCGCAAAAUUAUUAAUGAUUCAGAGAAUAAGCUGCAUGCUUUUAUUAAGUUUCUUGUUCAUUAUUUCGUUUAAAGAGCUGUAAUUUCAAAUACAUUUGCGAGUGCGACCGUAUUUUUGAAGUGAACCUUUCAGUCACGUGAUCGUUAUAAAUUAGAACUAGUAUUGUGGACUAGUAUUUCAGGUUUUUGAUCAGUAUAACGACGUUUAGAGGAACAGUCAAGAUGUCAUGCAUGUGGGACCAUAAAUGUGGGACCUCUGAAUUUAUUUCUCAAUCAUUCGAAG